GUGGAUGAGGAUAUAAAGGGGGCUCUCAGCACAGCCUGUUCUCAGUUCUACCGUACUGAGCCAGGGUACAAGAACUAGAGACUCGACGGGACGCGAUACCAUCCUACACCGCAGAAGUCACUGCGAAACGCUGUUCAAGCGAUUCUUUCAGAAACGAAGCAACCAGCCGUCUGAUCGCGCCGCACGAGUGCCAAACCUCUGAAGCGAGGUUCGCCCAGACGAACACCUGUUUCAAGUCGUGCCGCACCAGGAAAAACAGUUUCCCGCCAAGACAUCUUUCCAGCGUCGUAAUUAAUGAAGACAACAACCGACAUGACGGCCCUACAGCUCUUUAUCUGUGUCGUGAUCGUACAGUGCAUCGUGCACUUAGCGGGGAUAUCCGCCUUCCAAGUCGCCGCCUUCAGCGUGGAUCGGCUCGGGCCUGCCCACGCGAGCGUCGAACAGACCGACACCACCAAGCAGGAGGAAACUAACGCUCUUCCCGAAGACAGCGGGCUGAAGGACGUCGCCUUCUCGUCGAGCGAAGUCGAGGACAUACUCCACCUCCUCGUGGACGUCCAUCUCGAUCAGGCUGACCACUCCGCAGCGGAAGCCGUCCUUCCAGCCGGCGGGGUACACCUCGACCCUGUCCCGGCAGAGCUUGCACCGACGACCCCCAAGCCGCCAACAGAGGCUAAACCCGAUGACUUGUUCUCCAUAGAUGCCUACAUCAAAGCGUCGGAGCUGCUGGACAAGCUUCAGGCGGACCAGCCGCAGUUCGACUUCCAGCCCAUCUACGACAAGCUGAACGGUUCUCCCGAGCCCGAGGAUGUCAAAGAGAUGAUCACCUACGUCCGCAACCUGAGGGAGAAGCUGAUGAACUACAUCAGGGACACCACCAGCACGCUGCAACGCUUUGGUAUGUUGGAGUUCGACCCUCCCAUCAACGACGCUCAGCUCGCAAACCAGCCAUCGCGAUCGAUCCGCUGGCAGAGAGAGCUCAGCGACGCCAUGGAGAGGACAAAGGACAUUAUUGACGACUUCAUCAACCAUCUGUACGACAUCAAGACGCAGCUGCAGAUGGUGCUGAUGGAGGUCGGGCGGAUGGCGGAGAUCCCCAUCAGCGAGGUGGUCCUCAAGCCCGCGCCGAGGUUUAGAGACGACAGGAAACGUCAGCCGGUCUCGCCCAAGCCGGUCCAGACCUUGUCCGAGUACGCGGAGUGGCUGGUGGACUUCCUGGCCAACACCAUCCCGACAGCCAACGAGCUGGCCGUGAAGAGCUUCCCCCGGUUCCGCAUGGUGCGUGACGCGGGCAGGGCGACCCUGGCGGCGGAACGGGAACGCUUCAUCCGCUCGGUGGACGGGUACCGCGAGUUCUUAGACUUCGUGGGCGACACGCUGGAACAGACCAUGCAGACCGUGUUGCUGUUUCCGUGUCUCCUGGCCGCUAUCCUGACCGUUCACGCCGUGCGGGCCCAGGACGACUGCCCGCCGGACCUCAUGUCUCCGUCCUGCGACUACUUCGGCAGGUGGAGCCGGGGCGGCCUGGUCACCGCUCACCCCCGGCCCAACCAUCGGAGCAGGCGGCUGGUCCACAUGCUCAUGGAAAUCGCGGCGAAGCAGCAGGGCAAGGCGGUGAAGCGGUUCGCAGAGGGCGAGCAGGAGGGUUCCAGAUCACUCCGCGAGAGGCCGAACCUCAGGAACGUGCUGAUGGGAAAAAUGUUCUAACAACGGAAAAGGACCUGGAAAGACGCAUUCCCGAUGGCCACCACAGGUACAGGCGACGGCAUGGGAACGAGAACGACAACGCCCCAACCAUGGGAACGACAGUCACAGAUAACACUUUUCUGCGAUGCAAACUUCUAGACACACCAAACAGAUUAUUGAUACUAACAUUUUGACGUGGUUGUUCAUCAACUGUGAGCUAGUUGUAUUUCUCCUUCAGUAUAACUUGGAUACUUAAUUGAUUUCAUUAAGAAUCCUACUUGGUUCUUUUCAUGAAUUCAUGCAGGAUUUAGUUUACAAUGACCUAAAGAAAUGCAAAUCUGUGUAAUAAAAAGAAAUCUCAAAAAUGGAAACUCAUUGAAUUUUCGACACUCUGUGUGACACUCUAUGUUCAUGACGUCAUGUCACUAAGGUCAGAUGUCAGAGUGCAUGGGUCAUAGUUCUAAAAGAACGAUGUACGAUUUUAUGAUUAUCUGAGGUAAUUUUUUGAUCGUGUACACUAGAAUCAUGGUACAGAAACUAAGAUAAAUGACAAGGGUCCUGGUUAUAUAAUGUUGUUUAAAACGCACAGGAUUAUGUUCUUUGUCACAUCUUUACGUUUGACAUAUUUUGACUGAUGUUACUCUGGCAUCUC